AAUCCUUUCGAACCUUGGUCAGUACUGUACACUCCAAUCCCAAUCUCAAAGCCCAGUUGUGUUUCACACUUUCACUUUACUUCUAACUUCUAGGUUUUCUCCAUCUUCAGCCCCCCUCUCUCUAUCUCUCUCCCCCGAAACUAUUCGCGUCUUUCCGACGAAGAAAAACCAACACCACGCUUCUCUCCAAUGGCAUCAAAGUUCGGCUACGCCGGCGGUAUUCCCGAACGGAAGGUUCGUCCGAUAUGGGACGCCAUUGAUUCUCGUCAGUUUAAGAACGCCCUCAAACACGUUACAACGCUCCUCGCUAAGCACGCUAAUUCACCUUACGCACUCGCUCUUAAAGCUCUCGUUCUUGAAAGAAUGGGGAAACCAGAGGAUGCUUUCUCUGUUUCACUCAAUGCUAAGGAGCAUCUCUUUUCCAAUGAUUCUCUUUUGAUUGAUGAUCUCACUCUCAGUACAUUGCAGAUAGUGUUUCAGCGUCUGGAUCGCCUGGAGUUGGCUACUGAAUGUUAUGAACAUGCCUGUGGUAAAUUUCCUAAUAAAAUGGAACUCAUGAUGGGAUUGUUUAACUGCUAUGUUCGCGAGUACUCGUUUGUGAAACAGCAACAGACAGCUAUCAAAAUGUACAAGCUUGCAGGAGAAGAAAAAUAUCUUCUUUGGGCUGUUUGUAGCAUCCAGUUACAGGUGCUGUGUGGCAACGGAGGAGAUAAACUUUUAGUGUUAGCUGAAGGCUUACUUAAGAAACAUGUUGCUUCACAUAGCUUACACGAGCCUGAAGCUCUUAUGGUUUACGUUUCCAUAUUGGAACAACAAGCUAAGUUUGGGGAUGCUUUGGAAAUUCUAUCGGGGAAAAUGGGAUCACUUUUGAUGAUUAAAGUUGAUAAGCUAAGACUGCAGGGGAGACUCCUGGCUCUGGCAUGUGACUACACUGCUGCUGCUGAUAUCUUUCAAAAAAUUCUUGAGUCAUGUCCAGACGAUUGGGAGUGUUUCCUUCAUUACCUAGGCUGUUUGCUGGAAGAUGGAAGCAUUUGGUGUGAUGAGGCUGUUAAUGAUCCAGUUCACCCCCCAAAAUUUGUCAGUUGCAAAGUAUCACACUUGACAGAUGAACAGUUUGACAGUCGAAUAUCAAUUGCAUCAGCUUUUAUACUGAAGUUGCAAACAGACACUUCUGAUAAUUCUGUAAGAUGUCCGUACCUAGCAACUAUAGAAAUCGAACGAAGGAGGCAUUUGCGUGGGAAGGGAAACGAUGACAACUUAAUGGAUGUCAUUGUGCAAUACUUUUGCAGGUUUGGUCAUUUGGCAUGCUUUACUUCUGAUGUUGACAUGUUUGUUGAAGUCUUCACUACUGAUAAGAAGGCAGAGCUCUUUGGGAAGUUGGUGAAAUACAAUGACACAUUAUCAACUCCACCAACCAAGGCACUUGGGCUUUCUAUAAGCCUUUCUAAAAUUAAACAACAGUUAUUGCUAGGGGACAUGUUUAAGUCUUCUGCAAGUGAUGUUGAGGACUCAUGUGCUCAAAUGUUUGAAAUGUAUUGCAAAAACCUUCCACUUUCAAAGGGUUUUGAUCCUCAAGAGAGCAUGCAUGGUGAGGAGUUGCUUUCAAUUACAUGCAAUAUUUUGGUUCAGCUAUUCUGGUGUACCAAAAAUGUCGGCUAUUUGGUAGAGGCGGUCAUGGUUAUGGAGUUUGGCUUGUCGAUACGAAGAUAUGUAUCACAGUACAAGAUAUUACUAUUGCACUUGUAUUGCCACUUUGGUGCUCUUUCAGUGGCACAUGAAUGGUAUAAAUCACUGGAUAUCAAGAAUAUCUUAGCGGAAAGUAUGUUACACCACAUUUUGCCUCAGAUGUUGGUCUCUCCACUAUGGUCCGAGUUAAAUGGUCUGCUAAAGGACUACCUGAAGUUUAUGGAUGACCACUUCAGAGAAUCUGCAGAUUUAACAUCUCUUGCCUAUCAUCAUAAAAAUUACUCAAAAAUAAUGGAAUUUGUCCAGUUCAAAGCUAGGUUGCAACAUUCUAGUCAGUAUUUGGUGGCACGAGUUGAAACACCCCUUUUACAGCUAAAACAGAAUGCAAAUAACAUUGAAGACGAAGAGGGCAUCCUUCAAAGCAUGAAAUGUGGGAUUCACUUCCUUGAGCUGUCUAAUGAGAUUGGGUCGAAGUCUUUGACCUUCAAUGAAGACUUGGAGUCAAGGCCCUGGUGGACACCAACAUUAGAGAAAAAUUACCUUCUAGGGCCAUUCCAAGGGAUUUCGUAUUGUCCUAGAGAAGUAUCUACCAAAGAAAGGGAGACAAGUUUAAAGAGAGACAUUGAGAAGAAAUCCUUACUCCCACGGAUGAUCUAUCUAUCAAUUCAAAGUGCUUCGUCAUCAAUCAAGGAGCAUGUGGUCAACGGUUCUGUUACACCAGGCAUCACAUUGGAGCUGAAAUUUUUGCUGGAGCGUUUUGCACAGUUUUUGGGCUUUUCUCUUAGUGAAGCAGUAGAAGUGGUCAAGGGUUUCUCUAAUGGCGAAAGAUCUGUGGUUUCUGACUCCAACUUGAUUGACUGGUUGAAUUUUACUGUAUUCUUAAAUGCGUGGAACUUGAGUUCCCAUGAACUGGUACAGCCAGAUAGAAAUGAACGAAAGCCUAUUAUUUGGAAUAUCUUAGAUUCAAUGUUGGAAAAGUAUAUUUUUGAGAAGGUUAGGUCCAUGGAACCCCAGCUAUGCUCUCCUUGGAGUGACAUUCAACUUCUGAUGCAGUUAGUUACAGAACCUUUGGCGUGGCAUGGACUUGUGAUCCAGUCUUGUCUAAGAUCUUGUCUUCCAUCAAGUAAGAAGAAAAAGAGAAGUGGGCCGGCCUAUCAGUCUAGCUCAAAUUUGGCUCAUGCAAUCACAGAUUCUGUUCAGCAAUUAUCUCUUGUAUUGGAGGAUGUUAUGAAAUGGCUAAAUGAAUGGAACAAAAGACCUGAAGAUGAGAACUCGGAGGACAUUCUUUGUCUUCUCCGGAAAGAUGGGCAUAAUGAUGGGCCAGGCCGGGUCUUUCACAUUUUAGAAACAUUUAUUUCCACUAUGAGUAAUGAGGAAGUUGGUGACCGUAUAUACCACUCACUUAAGUCUUGGAGUCCUGCUGAUGUUGCCAGAAAAAUGAUGACAGGGAAGCUUAAAGUCUUGAUGGAAUUUUCAGCCAUUUGUGAAUCAAAAUUGAAGUUAUUGCAGUCUCUGAAACAGCAGAUAGCUCAAGUGUGAAGAAAUGUCAUCAGUGGCUGGUGCAGGAGUUUUAUUUCAGCUUGACAAACUACUCAUUAAUCAGUCCUGAAAGGAAACUUCAAUGGCAGGGGUUGAGAAAAUGUGCUUCAGUUCUGCUGUUAUUUUUAUUUGUUUCUUCUACUGAUUUUAUGAGACAAGCUUCUGUCCAAGUCACGGUGUUAUUGCUUGCUUACUAUUGGCUCUAGUUUAGUCGGUCAUUCUGUAAAAUUUUCCGGAGUGCACAUUCAACCGUCCCCCCUUUAUGCUGAUGGUGGAGAAUUUUAGCUGUUUGUCUGUGCAAAAAUUUUGGUAAUGUACUAUUGGAUUGAAUUUUUUGAAUAAUACUUUUCCCGUUUCAAAAUGAAUGUCACCUUAACAAAAUUUUUGUUUUAAAA